AGUUCGAGAGGACGCACUACCCGGAUGUGUUCGCACGUGAGCGGCUGGCACAGAAGAUUGACUUACCUGAAGCCAGGAUCCAGGUGUGGUUCUCCAAUAGGCGAGCAAAAUGGAGGCGGGAAGAAAAACUGAGAAAUCAGAGGCGUGACGUGUGUAGUGGAUCCACGAGACUGCCCAUCAACCACAGCUAUAACGGGAUGUACCCUGGGGUGCCACCCAUACACCAGUCGAUCCCCUCAAUGUCAGAAACAUACAGCGCCAUGCCGCCCAUGCCGACAUACUCCCUGUCCAACAACCUCCCAACCAACCCCUCCUGUCUGCAGUCAUCCACAUCAUCAUCAUACCCCUGCAUGCUGCCAG